AUGCUCACCGCACAAUCGCCAGAGCCAGAAUGGUCCCCAACGUCGGAGCCUGAUUGGGCCCCAACGGGAAAACUUAACCAGUUUAGAGGUUACGUAACUCCACGGCCGUUCCCGGCAAAUGCCGAUAUCCUUACAGUAUAUGCUUCCGUUUGGGCAGCUUGGUCUGCUUGGUCUAUUUGUCGGAAUGGAGUGCGAAUGCGGGUGAGAGCAUGUAAUACUGUCAAAGGGUUCAAUUGUCCUGGACAAAACAAGGAGCUGAUGCCGUGCGAUCCGAAUGCUCGACAUCUAAACCUGAGUCCUGGUCCCAGCGACUACGAUGCUUUCGAUCCUUACGAAGCCGAUCGUCUUGAAGCUAUGCGCCAACUCUAUCCGGACAUGUUCCCUCCGGACAAAGAAGAACAGAAGAAUCCAAACUUUUCCAAAAUUCCUAAACUUAAGUCGGAACAUUUUCGCGCUCAUGCAGCAGUUCCUUUGCUGCAGUUGUACUUAGAUAGGAAACAGAACCAAUCGACAGAGGGGCCUUCGAAAAUCAGCACUUUGCUGAAAGACUACCUGCACAUCCGGUUGAAGAGCAAGGAGCACUCUUUGGGAAGACUUCCAAACUUUGCUCCAAUUAACGACUCCUUCGGUCUCCCCCCUUACGCGUUUGAACAUGUCCCUCCACUUGGCAUCCACCUCCCCUCUGUUGCUGCCACUGUGGCUGAGGCUGAAGUUGAAAGAUCAGCAAGUCCAAGCAUGCGAAGGGUAGGAUGUGAGGAUCCUGUAUUUGCUCAUGCUUCUGACAAUUUGAAACCUCCGAAGACAUUUUUCAUUGGAAUCACUGCAUGUGCUUCCCUGUGGCCAUGCAGAUGCUGGGAAACAGCUUCGUAUGCGCUGACCUUUAGGUGUACCGUUUCCAAGCAAUCAUUACGAAUUCGUGGCUCGUCGGAGGAAGAAGAGCAGCUGCGGUUGCAUCGAGAAGAAGUUGAAGCAGCUAUAAACUCUUUGCAUAUAAGAGAAGAAGGACGAAGUAAUGGCAAAGUAGACAGACAACCUGAUGUGAGAGUAUGGGAUCCAUCUGAAUUAGUGGAACCAGUAAAGAAGACGCGUGGUUCCAGCGAUUUUUCCAAGAAGAGGUUCAAUUCACAAGGAGCAAGGAAGGCUAUAGUUGAAGAAAAAAAUUCUCUCAAAGAACAAGGUCCUAUAGUAGGAGAGUUAUGGACGAAAUCUGAAGGCACAACCAUAAAAGAAGUGCGUGAAGAGGAUCUUUUGGAAGAAGGAGUUGAAGGCCAUGAAACGAUGACGGUGGUGACGGAUGAGCAGGCCAAAGCCACCUCGACUAUUACUACAUCUAAUACUAAUACAGAAGCACCCAUAUCUACCACUACGAUGGAGGAACCAGAAGAGACUGUUUUUACAGACGAGGAUCAUUUCGAACAAUUUGGCACUCUUCCAAGAGUCGUACAGCCCCAGUUGAACUCAAAUGAUAUCGACGAGGAUGCUGUUCCGGAAGUUGUCGUGCCUGUUCCAACUGAACCACCACUUCCUGCAGAAUUACCAACAUCAACGACGACAGAGCGAAUAACAACUAAGCGAUCAACAAACUUCAAAUUGACUACACCACUGCCUACAGCUACAGUAACCAUCGAAUUGCCUACGACUUUGGACACUCUGGAACUUACCGAUGCACAAAAAGAUCUAAUUGAUGAAAGGACCCUUAUGGAACCUGUUAAACCGGUCACUCACAAAGUGCACAAGAGCACCUCCGGAGUGAGCAAGGCUAUACCGCAAACUAGCAUCAAGACAAAGAAAACGAAAAGUUUCGGAUUCACGGGAUUUGCUGUUCGCAAAACUCAAUUUACGUCGAAGAAAAGCAUACAUGAAGGUGAUGUAACAACUAAGACUAUUCCAAUGCUUGCUAAAGUCACCACUGUCCCUGUGACCACAAGGUCUACAAGCAGAAGGCCUACUGUGUUUGAUGAGGAUAUGUCGCCCGAUACAUUGCACGCACUCGAUUGGAUGCUGCAGAACAUAACAAAGAUUGCCGAACAAGGGGAUGAGGCUUUCCUAGCAGCUCUGAAGCAGUCAUCAGUCGAGCAACGUGAUCCAUCUGAGAUAGUAGACAUUACAAGGCCAACCAUUGCCACUAUAUCCUCAGACGCGACAAUGAAGCGAAAGAAAGUGGGCAAAAAAUUGAGAAAAAUCAAGAAGUUCAAGAAAACUCGAAAACUUGGGGUAUCGAAUAAGAGAAAAGGGGAAAAACUAUCCACUCCCAUUAUAAAAAUACACUCAGGCGAACUUAAGCCGUUGCACGUGGAUAAAAACAAAAUGUUUCCAAAGUUCAAAAGUAAAGUUACUGCGGCCAUUCGAGCACGAGCUUUUGGUAUAAGAACUGUUAAUGAAGACAAGGAUGAUACGCAAUUGGGUGGUUUGGACAGCGAAAUCGAGGCUUUCACGCAUAAAGAUGUCGUAGAAGGAGAGUCACCAGGUGCUGCCGUCGAGGAUCCUGUGCAUCUAAUGCAAGAAAUAGAAGAACUUCAGGAUAUGAUCAUAGAGGACGUAGAACGGGUAGUGGCUGCUGCUCGUGGGUUGGAGACCUGGGCCAUUUCUUCGGUAUAG